UCGUUUCCCUUAGUCUUACUGACAUAAGAAAGACGUGUCAGUAAAAAGAUCUUCAAAAGUCUAAAGAGGGAAUGUCUUUGUCUAUUUCAAACGAAAAAGAUUAUUAUAUACCUACAUACAUAAGAAGACUCCUUUGUCAGUGCCCAUUAUUCUCCAUCCUUCUUAGCUCUUGUCUUCUUCAUUGUUCCCUUUUUACUCAUUUUUAAAAUCUUUUUUGUUCUUAGCUCAUGACAAGUCCCCAAAAUAUCCAAAAUAUUAUGAUGCCAAAGUACCAAGAAGAUGUGAAGAAGCAGCCACGAGCUUGCGACCUGUGUCCUGACAAACACGCGGUUUGGUACUGUGCAUCGGACGAUGCUUUCUUGUGCUAUGUUUGUGAUGAAUCAGUGCAUUCUGCAAACCAUGUGGCGACAAAACACAAAAGAGUUUGUCUUCGAACACCGAGUGAUGUGCUUGGAGGAACAACAUCAAACCCAGUUUGGCACAGCGGGUUCAGAAGAAAAGCAAGAACACCUAGAUCCCGCUAUGAGAAAAAAACACAAGAAAAGAAAGAAGAUGAGAGAAGGAGAGAAGACCCUCGUGUUCCCGAGAUUGGAGGUGAAGCAAUGUUUUUCAUACCAGAACCAAAUGAUGAUGAGGAUGAUAUGACUUCUCUUGUGCCAGAGUUCGAAGGAUUCACAGAGAUGGGCUUCUUCUUGACCAACCACAAUGGUACUCAAGAAACAACGAAACAAUUCAACUUUGAAGAUGAAAUCGAUGCAAUGGAGGAUCUAUAUUACAUUGAAGAAGCAGCAACUAAAACUAAUGGAGCUGAAGCAUGUCCUGGACAAUCUUUGAUAAGCUGCAAGAAAGAUUAUGACAAUGUCAUUACGAUUUCAGCCAAGACAGAAGUAAUUGAAGAUUAUGAGAAUAAUACAAGGCAGAGAAACAUGUUACUUAGACUGAAUUAUGAAAAUGUUAUAGCAGCUUGGGAUAAACAAGAAUCUCCAAGAGAAGCAACAAGAAACCAAAAUGAGUUUAACAACACAAGUAACUUCCAGCUAGUUCCUCCGGGGAUAAUAGAAGAGAAGAGAGUAACCAGCAGAAGUGAGAGAGAAGCUAGAGUUUGGAGAUACAGAGACAAAAAGAAGAAUCGUUUGUUCGAGAAGAAGAUAAGGUAUGAGGUUAGGAAGGUUAACGCAGACAAAAGGCCGAGAAUGAAAGGUCGAUUUGUCCGAAGAUCGUUAGCCACCGAGUCUUAGGAUCGAACUCUCUCAGAUUCUGCUUUGUCAAAUAAAAAAGACUACUGCAACGAAACCAGAAGCUAGUCCCAAAGUACAAAAGCUCAUGUGGAACAUUUUUAGCUCGUGCAAGAGUUGGUAUAGGUUUUGAAUCUUAUCCAAAAAAUAAACAUCGUUACAACUUUAUUCUUAAUCAAUUUAAUUAUUGAAACAUU